UUGCCAAUAAUAUAAGUUGUUACAACUGCCAAUCCAUCUCUUGACGAGUGUCGCGUUGUUGAAACUGAUUUUGUUUUUUUCUUUCGUCGUAGUCGUUGUUCGUUGUCUCGCGAUGCAGUCAACAAAAUUAUAUUGUGUUCUCCUCGUCACGUGUUACCUAUCGUUCAGCCACGCCCUGGAAUGCUACGUAUGUACCAAUCAAGAGGGUAACAGAGAAAAAUGUUUAAAGAGUACAAAAACCUGCGAACAGGGUCAAGAUACUUGUUUAACAGAGAUCAGAUGGGGAAGCACACCGUACUGGUCACAAGGAGCAAAGAAACAGUUUUACGUUUCAAAAAGAUGUGCAACGAAGAAAGAAUGUGAAAGAAUAAAACAGUCCAACAUGGACGAUUGUACGUAUAUAUGGUAUCAAGACUGGAAAUGUUCCGAGUGUUGUCAAGGAGAUAAAUGCAAUUAUUACGUUAUUUCUGCGGCAAAGAGAGCACAUGCUUAUUGGCCAGUUAUGACUGCUGCAUUAAUAUCUUUGCAUCGUAUACAGUACAGAGUAGACUGACGAAUAUUGGCGAAAGAUAUUCCUCUAAUGUUGAUUUACAACUGGUGAUAUUUCUUUCCAUUGAAAAAAAGCAAUUUUUUCAACAGAACAUCAAUCGUAUAUUAUAUGUAUUUUUAGUUUAAUUAUAUAUGUGUAAGUCAAUAAUACCGUGUAUGUGCCUAAAGGCAGCAUAUUUAGAAACAAAUGACGUUUCUACAAUAAAAGCAUCGUGUAAUCGCAUCGUACAAGCAACGAUCGUACGACACAAAGUACAACAUGUGUACGACAUCCGUCCAAUCUGUCUGAUAUGUUUAAUGCCGUCCAAAUAUACUUUUUAUACGUUUUGUUAGGAAAAUUUUUCUUUAAGGAAAUGCAUUAACAAAUAUUUUAUACUUGAUGAUAAGAUGAAUAAAAUUGCAACAUGUAA